AUGUUCAGUCGUAUAGCAGCUGCAACAGGCGUCACUGAUGAAGUUAAACGACCCCUGAUCUUGGACGGAAAGCACCCAGCAGUACGCCUCCUUAUAGCAAGAUACCACCAAAAGGCUGGCCACGCAAACAAAGAAAAGGUCCUGAACGAACUCCACCAAAGAUUUUGGAUAUUGGGCCUCAGAAAUGCUGUCCGAUCAGUAACCCACGCAUGUCAGUUUUGCAAACUUCACCGCGCCAGAGCAUUCACGCCACCAAUGGGAGAUCUACCGGAGUCCCGAUUGGCUCAUCAUCAAAGACCAUUUUCCUUCGUCGGUCUUGACUACUUUGGGCCUGUGCUCGUUUCAGUUGGUCGAAGAAGAGAGAAACGCUACGUUGCUCUAUUUACGUGCCUCGUUAUCCGCGCCGUACAUCUUGAAGUGGUACAUAGUUUAUCGACAGACGCGGCCAUAAUGUGUCUACGCCGUUUUAUUGCUCGUCGAGGCACACCGCAAGAGAUCUGGUCAGACCACGGAACAGCCUUUGUUGGGGCAAGCAGGGAGUUACAAGCUCUUUACGGCAACUCAGUUGAAAUUUAUGCAGCUAAUGAAUCAAUCAAUUGGCGUUUCAUUCCUCCGGCAGCACCUUUUAUGGGCGGAGCAUGGGAGCGUUUAAUUCGCAGCGUUAAAGAAGCCCUGAAGACAACCCUAAGAGAACAGGCUCCCUCAGAUGAAGUUCUGAGCACACUAUUGGCGGAGGCUGAAGCCAUUAUUAAUACACGACCACUCACGCACGUUUCACUUGAUUCUGAUGCUGACGAAGCGUUGACCCCGUCGCAUUUUUUACUCACAUCUCCGUCUGGGCCCCCUAUUCCCGCUACUUUGACCGAAGCCGACCUCUUGAGCAGAAAUAAGUGGCGCAGGGCGGUAAGGCUAGCCGACCACUUCUGGCAGCGCUGGGUCAGGGAAUACCUCCCCUCCUUAUCACCACGGACAGGAGGAGGAUCUCCGCCUAAUAUCGCGAUUGGGGACAUCGUAAUAAUUUGUGAUUCAAACCUGCCUCGAGGCUCUUGGCCUAAGGGUCGUGUCACCGCCGUAUACCCCGGCAGAGACGGGAUAAUCAGAGUAGCAGAUGUCGCCACUGCUGCUGGGGUGUUUCGCAGACCCCUCAAGAAGCUCGCGAAAAUACACGUCGCUCUUUAA